GGCCGCGCCUUCGGGCCCGGCUCGCAGUGGAGGCAGUGGAAUGCGCGGGCGGGCCUCGGCAGCGCGGGGCCGAGACGGCUAUGCGGACCCACCGCGCCGGGACCCGCCGCCCUUGCGCCGGGACCCGCCGCCUUUGCGCCGGGACCCCUACCUGAGUCCCCGGGAGGAGGGCUACUUGCCCAGAGACAGCUACUCGAGCCGAGACUACCCAAGCUCCCGCAACGCCCGCGAAUUUGCUCCAGCGCCUCGAGAGUACACCUAUCGCGAUUAUGGCCACUCCAAUGCCCGGGACGACUGUCCGUCGAGAGGCUACUGCGACCGAGACGGCUACGGGGGGCGUGACCGCGACUACACCGAUCAUCCUAGCGGAGGUUUCUACCGAGACCUAUACGAGAGCUAUGGAGACCCUCGUAGUGCCGCCGCGGCGCGGGCCCCCCCAGUGUCUUACGGCCGAGGAGGUCGCUACGACGAGUACCGUGGCUGCUCACCCGACGCCUAUGGCGGCGGCCGCGACAGUUACGGCAGCGGCCAUAGUGAUCGCUACGCGAGGGGCCGCGACCGGGUAGGCAGAGCCGACCGCGGGCUCUCCCCGCCCUUGGAUAGGGGGUGCCUUCCCCAACGCGAUUCUUACAGCCGCUCUGGCCGCAGGGUCCCCAGGGGCGGAGGCCGCCUGGGAAGCCGCUCGGAGAGAGGGGGAGGCCGGAGCAGAUACUAAUUACCAACGGACUUGAGACCAAAAUUCCGUUUUCAAAGAAACUAACGAAGAAAGGAGUCAGUUAUAUGCUAACUACCCAAGGACUAGUACAAGGAAGAGUUGUUUUUACCUUUUAAGAAUUUCCUGUUCACUUCCUCUCCAUAAUUUUUGUGCUUUUUGGGAGGAAAAAGUUAAAACUCGUUUAAUUGCGUUUUGGAAUUGUUAACAUUUCUUUCAACAAGCUCAUGUUAAAAGCAUAAGACGAACCUGCGUACUAGUCUUCUUAUAUUUCCAAGUAAAAAUUCUUCUAAAGGC